UCUUUCACCUCUGAACAUCACCAUGUCGGACUCAACUUCUUCCGGUCGUUGGAUACCCCUUGAAUGUAACCCAGAGGUACUUAAUUCUUGGGCCAAUAACGCUGGCCUCGAACCCAAGGCAUUCCAAUUCAACGAUGUCUACGGGUUCGAUGAGGAGCUCCUAGCAAUGGUACCCAAACCUGUGAAAGCUGUACUGUUGCUUUUUCCCAUUUCAGAACCAUUGGAGAUGAAACGAAAGGAGGAGGAUGAGAAGAUCCACGAGAGUACCGUUGGAGGACAUCGGAAAGAUAUUGUAUGGAUCAAACAGACUAGCAAAGUUUCCCUAAAACCUGGAAGCCCUCUUGAUCAAUUCGUACAAGUCUGCAGAGACAAAUCACCCGCCGAUCGUGCUCAACUCCUUGAAACCACGCCCCUUUUUGCUAACAUCCAUGCUGUAGCUGCGGGAACUGGACAGAGUGCGGUUCCCACAAAUCUGGAUACAGAUUUACAUUUUACGUGUUUCGUCGCCAGUUCUGGUGAAGCUGGAACGAGAAUAUGGGAGCUAGAUGGUAGGAGGAAAGGUCCCGUAGAUCGUGGCCUUGUAAAUGCGGAAUUUCUCAAGGAUGUAGCGAACAUGAUCAAGGAAACGUAUGUCGCACAGAGCUCCAGUAUUCAAUUCGGCAUGGUAGCUUUGGGGCCGCCAGCAGAGUGGUAGAGUGGGCGAACUGAAGAAUAGUAUGAUUCGUGUAUCCGAACCAGAAUAGACAUCAAUAAUAUGUACGCGACUGAAGUUGUGCCG